AUGCAUCUCACCACGAUACACAUGGCGUUAGUCGCCACAGUUUUGGCAGGCAUCGUCUACUUCGCCUUCUCGUUAUUCAAAGCGCGCAGCUUCUUUCGUCGUCUUCAGAAGGACGGCAUCCCCAUGCCUCCUCAUCAUCCCAUAUUGGGACACCUUGGUCUGUUGUUGAGCAUCAUGAUAUCUCUCCCGCGCGAUGUCAUGCCUACUGUGGUUCUCGCAGAUCAAGUUCGCAGACGGUAUCCACACCUGGACAAAGCUUUCUAUCUUGACAUGUGGCCAUUCACUGGACCGAUGUUGAUGAUCAUCUCACCAGAUCUCAUGCGCCAAGCGACUCAAGGCGAAAACUCAUUGCCCAAGGUAGCCUUUCUGAAGAACUACAUCAAGCCGCUAAGCGGUGGACAUGACCUCGUCAGUAUGGAAGGCGAUGAGUGGAAGCGCUGGAGAGAUGUGUUUCGCCCAGCUUUCAGUCGCGCAACCGAGCUUGUGCCCAAUAUCGUGGAAACAAUCUGCGUCUUCCGGGAUCAGCUUGUUGGCAGAGCUAAAGGGAACAGUGGUUUGUUUCAGCUGCAUCACUCUGCGCUGAACCUGGCUAUGGACAUGUCCGGCAAAGCUCUAUGGAACCACGAUAUGAACACCCAGAGGUCCUACAACGACAUGGCUGACGCCAUUGUUUCACAGCUUAGGUGGUUACUUGUGGAAGGCUUCAUGCCAUUUGCAAGUCUCAACUUCAUCAGGCCUUUGGUACACAAGUAUAACGGCUUUCGAAUGGAGAGAUACAUCGCCGGCGUGCAGCACAGACAGAAGACCAAUAAGGACGACGACGACUGCGUGAUUAGCCGGGCCAUCUCCAAAGUCCGCGCUCGACACACGGACAAAAAGCUCUCUGCAGACCCAUUUCGCGAACUCGGAGGCGAGGCUCAUUUCAACAAAGUCAUUAAGAGCCAAAUGAGGUUUCUUCUUCUAGCAGGCUACGACACCACGGGUUCAACCAUCACAUACGUCCUGCAUAUCCUAUCCCAACACCCCGAGGUCCUGUCCCGAGUACGACAAGAGCAUGACGAGGUGUUAGGCUCGAAUGUGUCCCGCGCCGCCCAGCAGCUCAAAGAAAACCCGCACCUCGUCAACCGUGUUCCGUAUACUACAGCGGUUAUCAAGGAGACCUUGCGCAUGUACCCACCAACGUCAACCCUUCGGAACGGAAAGCCGGGGUUUGACCUCUAUGAUCGAGAAAUUCCGGGCUCUACUGUUAGAUACCCCACAGAAGGGUGCAUUGUUUUUGGCAAUCACCACGGCCUGCAUCACAACCCUAGAUACUGGAAAGAGCCCGAUACGUUUCUUCCUGAGCGUUUUCUCACAGCCCCGGGUGACCCUUCGGGCUUACAUCCACUCCAGGAUGCGUGGCGUCCGAACCAAAGUAACAUUCACAUGUUCUAG